ACCUGCUGAUGAUCAGCUCCCUGAGUUUCCUUUGGAAAAUCCCCCUGACAUACAAGACGGACGCGUCCAGCACUACCCACAGACACCUGAUGACGACACACACAGACAGUGUACAUAUCGGAGAGGAGGUCCGCUGGAUGAAGGUAAACACGGACAUGACGAGAUAUUACGUGGUUCAUGAUGAGGAUGGUGGUUGGGACGAGAUGACACGACUAUUGAGGGACAACCACACUGCUCUCAGCUUCAAGGACAGGACUCACUUCAUACACAACGCCUUUCAAUUGAUCACGGCAGGUCACCUGUCUCUCGAUACAGGCUUGGACCUGAUUGGUUACCUGCAGUUGGAGACGCACACUGUGCCUCUUCGCCACGGACUAAGCUACCUGGAGGCCUUUUACCAGAUGAUUGAGAAAAGGAAUGACGUUGAUGUAAAAAGCAACCUGGGGAUCUACAUCCUGCGAUUUUUCCGUUCAAUCGUCGACCGGCAGACGUGGAGCGACGACGGCUCCGCGUCCGAGCGGCGGCUGAGGUCAAAGGUCCUGUCGCUGGCUUGCCACCUGGAGGACCCUCCCUGUCUGGAGCGGGCGAAGCGGAGCUUCAAAGACUGGCUUCGGUCCAACGGUACACUCGGACUGCUGGAGUUGGGUCUUGAAGGGAAGGUGGUCCGAUCCCAGGACCUGGCCUCUCUCAUCACGAUGGUGGCCAGGAACCCGUGGGGGCAUCAGCUCGCCUGGACCUUUGCCAAAACGAACUGGGACACGCUGGUUCAAAAGUUCCAGUUGGGCUCCUCUUGUAUUAGAAACAUCCUCAUAAGCACCACAGGACAGUUCUCCUCUCCAGAGGAACUCACUGAAGUGCAGCUGUUCUUUGAGUCCAUCAAAGAUCAGGCGUCUCAGCUGAGAGCAGCUCGGGUUACCCUGGACAACGUGCAGAACAAUGUCCGCUGGUUUCAGAAGAACCUUGAGACUCUGAGGAGCUGGUUGAACAAACAACUGAAGUGACGGACGGCAAAAAAGAGAAGCGGCGGUUAACUGACGCCACAGAGGGGAUACGUUUUUGUUUUAAGUUUCGUUUCUUUGCUUAUAGUAAUGUGUUCGAUACCACAGAAGAGCUGAUAGUUUUGUAUAUAAUAAGUGUAGCCCUGAUAAUAUAUUUUGAUAAAGUUACUAAUAAUAAUAAUAAGGUGUAUAUAUAUACUAAUAUUUGAGUUUUCUAAUUUAGUUUUGCUUAUUUAAAUUUCUAAUUGAGUUGGUGAUCGGUGGUCAUUGUUUUCUGGUGUGGGAGAGCAACAGCCAAUCCAGCUUCACUAUCAGUUAGAGGGGCGUGGCCUAAACGGAGGUAUGGUGGUGGAAUAGGUGACAGCAACAGCUGUAGCGCUGCGUCAACGUCAUGGUGGGACGUCAAAGGGCUGACCAAUAGUUCUGCCUGUAGGAUUGACACCAGGUACCGAUCAGUGUGUUGAAUGCUGCCAGUGACUAAAUGUUAUAGUAGCGUUGCUAAUCGCUACUCGUGAUUAUCAUGUAGCUUCACACAUGUUGAUCUGCACCAGGAAAGCCGGAUGAGCCACAUUGGAGCUCCUGUGAGUCAGGAGACGACCACCAAGGAAGCUGAGCUGGUUCCCCAGGCUGCUGCUACAGACCUGCUGCUUCUUAUCCCGUCAGACAAUCCUUCCCGUUAUUCACUUCCCGUUCCCAACACAUCGUGAGGACUCACAGACAUUUCACUGCCCGUUUGUUUAGGCUUGUGUGGACAAGUGAAACGGUCACGAUCGUUUAAGGCCACGACGAUCUCCACAACGACUCGGCCUGCAACGGGGGGGUGGUUGGUGUGAGUGCAUUUGUGUUAUUUGUUUUAUUUGUGAUAUUUAUUAUAUUUGUUGUGGUUGUAUUUGUGGUAUUGUAGAGGUUCUUAGGAAGAGAGAGCGAGUUAUAUACAUUUUGUGGGUUUUCGUUGUACGGGGAUUGGUGUUUAGUUUAGUUUAGUGAAUAAAGAUGCUGUGGCGUGCCUUAUGAACCAGUUGGCUGCACCGUCCCUCUGUUAAACACAACCCAGGACCCGCCCAUCGUAUAUUGUACAGAGCUACAUGGGCCGGGGGUUACAUAAGUAUUUUAGACUAAAUAGACUACUAGCUGGGUAUUUACUAUUCAUUGUACCUGCUGGCACCUUUGUGUGUGUUGCUGAACAUUAUUAUUGUGUGGAAUACAACCACUGUGUCUUUGUUUGUACAUAUAAUUGGUAUUCAUCAUCUUAACUUUAUUUAGGGGUUACGACUUAUGCUCCAGGUUAAGGAUAGACAUGUGGGUUAACAUUUAGAGUUGGGCUCCAGGCAAUGAAUCAUGGACAUAAAACAAUGAAAGUAUAGUAAAAAAAAAGUGUGUGCGUUUUUAAAACCAUUUAUUUGACAGUUCAUACGUUUGUUUUAGAGUAACUAAAAAGUGGAGUUUAGCUUCCUUUGGACCCGGUUGAG